UACAGACUGUGUAUUUUGGUACCUGAUACAUCACCUGGACUCUGAUUCGACUCGCAUCCUCCACACAUGAACCAUAUUAAAAAAUUCUGAAUACAUAUAGAUUAAUAAAACAAUUCAUGACAUAUAUACGUUGAAGAAAUAACUGAAUUAUGUACUUUUGAACUAUGUAGCAUUUAAAGGUUAUUCUUUUCUAUAUUAUUGCAAGAGAAAACUUCACAUGAUGAGUUUAAUGAUAUAUGUUGAAUUACAAUAUUAAAAAACUAAAAAUCAACUUUUAAUUCAGAUUUUUGUUUUCCAUUCCAUAACAUACCAAAUAACAGUCUCGAGUCAUUUUUUUAAAUUUUUAUCAUGACUACUCUUCAAGUUGUCUUGAUAAGCAUGCUUCCUUUUAAGAGACUGUAUUUUCUGGAGUCCGAAUGAAUUGGUGGGGGAAACAUCAUCGCUACUGAAAGGUAGUACGGAGACUUGUGAGCGAGUUUAUUGGUCUGGACGCGGCCGGGCAGGUUGGUGUUACGGACUUGCCGCUCCGCGUUGGGUCUCAUCCAGCGACGAGCAGUCAGCUGUCAUGCCGGCUGUUGUUCAUGGUGACUGCAGAAGCUCCGCCGCUGUGGACCCCUCGCCAUGGACAGCGAUGACGAACAAGUAGAAGAGGUUGUGGAAGGGCCUCUGGAUGAAGAUGAUCAGCCUCAUGGGUUCUGUAAGGUCACCUACUCAUCCACAGAUCGGUUUGAGGGUCACUUUGUUCAUGGAGAAAAGCAUGGAAAAGGCAAGUUCUUCUUCUUCGAUGGAAGCACUCUCGAGGGCUUCUACGUAGACGACGCCCUGCAGGGCCAGGGCUUGUACACGUAUGAAGACGGUGGCGUCCUUCACGGCACCUAUGUGGAUGGAGAGCUCAACGGCCCAGCCCAGGAGCUGGACAGCGAGGGCCACCUGGUGUUUAAGGGCCAGUACAAAGACAACAGCCGCCAUGGGACCUGCUGGGUGUACCACCCUGAUGGCGGCUGCGUGUUUGGACAGGUCAACGAGGACGGAGAGAUGACGGGUGACUCGGUGGCGUACAUUUACCCUGAUGGACUGACGGCUCUCUUCGGGACCUUUGUUGACGGAGAGCUGAUCCAGGCUCGACUGGCUAACGUGAUCUCGACGGAGACGGAGCGACCACGAUUUGAAAUCUCCCCCAACAGUGCCAUUUACUCUUACGACAAGUCGACGUCCACUUGCUUGGCCACCCACACUCUGCUACCAGAUCCAUAUGAGAGUACGAAGGCAUUUGUGGCAGAGUCUCUGAUCAAAGGAGCAGGAGAGGGUCUGUUCGCCAAGACUCACGCAGAGAGAGACACAGUGGUGGCUUUUUAUAAUGGCAUACGCAUCACACACUCUGAGGUGGACAGCCGAGAUUGGGCCAUGAACGGAAACACCAUCUCUCUGGACGAGGACACCGUGAUCGACGUGCCGCAGCCUUUUGACCAGACGGAGAGAUACUGCGCCUCCUUAGGUCACAAGGCGAAUCACUCCUUCACUCCAAACUGCAAAUACGACCCCUUUGUUCACCCUCGAUUUGGACCCAUCAAGUGCAUUCGCACCCUGAGAGCUGUGCAGAAGGACGAGGAGCUGACUGUUGCCUAUGGUUACAAUCACGAGCCUUCAGGAAAGAAUGGCCCAGAGGUGCCCGACUGGUACAAGCGGGAGCUGGACUUGUUUCGGCAGACCACCUCCACAGACCACUGAGCGUCACCAACCACAUGCGAUUGAGAGAUCUAUGCAAAAGAGAAUUAUCAGGUCAAGGGUGUCUGUCCCACGUUGCUGUUACACGUCAUUAAAACAUCAUGUUACAUCAUCAUAUCAUGUAUUCUAGAAACUGAGCACAGUGAGUUUCUUUAUUCACUUUAACAAGUUACCCCACAACAUGCUUGCUGGCUCAUGUGAAAGGUCAUGGAAGGAAACUGCAGAGUUUCAGAUGUCAAAAUAAA